AUGACCCCGUCGACAAAGAAGCAUGGAUCAAAUUCCACCAGAAAUCAAGCAUAUUAUCGCAACAUGGCAACAUCUCUAAUCCUGCAGCAGGUGCACCAUACUUCCUUGGAAGGUCUACGUACACUAUCCCAAGUGGACCAACAAUGGAACAGAAUCGCUGCACCACUCCUAUACCGACACAUCAUCAUCCGCUUGAGAAAAUGUCAGGUUCCCCAAAGACUGCUCAGCCUGCCCGACACAACCCGCGUUCUCGCCCAUGUUAAGCAACUUAGUAUCGUGGCUGAAUGCCCACUGGCUGGAUACCGGCCUCUCAAUAGAGGGCUCCCAAAACCGGAUAAUUACAACAAUAUACGAUUCGCCCUAGAGGAUACUCAUCUGGGCGACCGCGGUAUAGUUCAAACUGGACCGUGGGUACAAGGUGACUGGGCUCUGGUCACCGAUUUUAUUCAACUUCUUCCGCCCUUGCACCAGGUCAAUAUUCUUGUUAGCCAGGGUGGCCCUGUUGAGCUCCUGCGGGUUAUUGAGGAAUAUCAUCCUACAUGCCGGGUGUCUACCUUCGUGGGCCAGGGCUCAAAACCGGCUAAGGCUGGCCUUAUAGAACACUGGAUAUCUUCACCCUUGCUACACACGGUGCAUAUCACUUGUUUCGAGAACGCCACUUACCAAUUCCAUGACCACCCUGAUAGGGCCAUUCUACGUACCAUUUUACUUGCAUCUCAUGUCAAGCAGCUCGCACUCCAAAUCUCCGGGUGUGCGCGAUCUGGGCCACAACCGAAUUUCAAUAACAGGAUACAACUGGAAAGAGAGACACCUUCGGCGCGUGCAGAGCUGGAGGUCCUGUCUUGGCCUCGCCAUACGAGAAUGACGGCUGGGCAGUUUAGAAAAUGGAAUACAGUUGUAGACUACAGCUGUUUAAGGUCAUGGUCUGUUGGCUGCAUCGAAGACUCGGAUCUACUCUGGACUAUUGCGCACCUCCGUCCCUUCCAGCAGCUGAAACGACUCACGCUCGCCUUAUAUCCACCCGAGGACGACCCAGAGUUCUGGUCCGCUGCUCAGGCGGUGUUUGAAUCAUUGCCCCCUCUGACAUAUCUCUGCCUCCUGGGCGCGUAUAAGCCAGACUUUCUCGUUCACAUAGUUGGCAAACAUGGAGCAACACUCUCCGAGCUUAGGCUGCACAAAGGGACUGUCGGGAGUAAUACAUAUGGUGUUCUCAGACUAUUAAGAAAAGGGCAACUGGGCCCCAUCUUCCCCAGCAACACCAUCCAACACCUGGGUCACCACUGCCCAUCCCUUCAAAGACUAGAAAUCUGCAUUCAACGGCGUCGAGGCCUCGAAACAGACGUCUAUACUGCCCUGGCCCAAUUCCCCCAUCUUACCCACCUCGACCUACUCCUCAACUGCCUGCCUGAGACAGGCCCGAACGAAACCCCAGUCCCGUUCCGUGCGCUUACCGAGUACGAAAGCACCCGAACAGCAGGGGAUUCAUAUAACCUGCCCACAUGGUACAUCCGGGACUGCUUAAUCAACUGCGCCAUCGACGAGGAGCUAGCAGAAGCAAUCUUCACCCAUAUCCGCAACAACCAAGAGGGAGGCAGCAGACGCCUCCAAAGGCUGACAAUCAACCCUCUCUAUAGUCAGGGAGGGCAAUAUUGCCCUUACAAUCCAUACUCAGACUCAGGCCCAAGCCCGCCAUGGGGUGCAUGGAAGCCUUUCAAUGCAGAAAUGUUUGAAGAACUAGCUCGUCCUUGGACACUUGUAGCAGACAUUGGCGAGAAAACCGAUAUAAGAGCGGUAAGCUCCGUCUAUCAGCCGGGUAUCAAGAACAAGCUUCGUCCAGAUUCGGAGAAUACACGCCCGCAGUUGCUGCAGAUAUAUAACUCCAUAUGGCCUGUUCAAGAGGAUGGUCAGAUUUCCAUAUGA